UGGCGGGGUCGCCCCGGGCAGAGAUCUUGGAGCUGCGGUUGGGAGCCGCUGAGGCUAAUCGCUAAAGGGAACCUUCCCAGCAUGGACGACCCCGCGGCGCCGGGGCCCGCCGGCUCUCCUGCUAAUGACAAUGGCAACGGCAACGGCAACGGCGGCAAAGGGAAGCCGGCUGUGCCCAAGGGCCGGGAAGCGUUCCGUAACCAGCGGCGGGAGUCGGAGGGCUCUGUGGACUGCCCUACUCUGGAGUUUGAAUAUGGAGAUGCAGACGGGCAUGCAGCAGAAUUGUCAGAAUUAUAUAGCUACACAGAGAACCUGGAAUUUACCACUAACAAGAAGUGCUUUGAAGAAGAUUUCAAGACUCAAGUGCAAGACACUAAGGAAUGGCUGGAGUUGGAAGAAGAUGCCCAAAAAACCUAUGUGAUGGGACUUCUGGACCGACUGGAGGUGGUCAGUAGGGAAAAACGGCUUAAGGUGGCCCGGGCUGUUCUCUAUUUAGCCCAAGGCACUUUUGGGGAAUGUGAUUCCGAGGUCGAUGUGCUACACUGGUCCAGAUACAAUUGCUUCCUGCUCUACCAGAUGGGGACCUUCUCAGCCUUCCUGGAGCUACUCCACAUGGAAAUAGACAACAGCCAGGCCUCUAGCAGUGCCCUUCGGAAACCAGCUGUCUCCAUUGCUGACAGCACUGAGCUCAGGGUACUGCUGAGUGUCAUGUACCUAAUGGUGGAAAAUAUCCGCCUGGAGCGAGAAAUAGACCCCUAUGGGUGGAGGACAGCCCGAGAGACCUUCCGAACUGAACUGAGUUUCUCCACACAUAAUGAAGAGCCUUUUGCCCUCCUGCUGUUUUCCAUGGUUACCAAAUUCUGCAGUGGCCUGGCCCCCCACUUUCCAAUAAAGAAGGUUCUGCUUCUGCUCUGGAAGGUGGUCAUGUUUACCCUUGGUGGAUUUGAGCAUCUUCAGGCUCUCAAAAUACAGAAGCGUGCAGAGUUGGGCCUGCCUCCACUAGCUGAGGACAGUAUCCAGGUGGUGAAGAGCAUGCGUGCUGCCUCCCCACCUUCAUAUACUCUUGAUCUGGGGGAGUCUCAGUUGGCCCCUCCACCCUCCAAACUACGGGGUCGCCGUGGUUCUCGAAGGCAACUCCUCACCAAGCAAGACAGCCUGGACAUCUACAAUGAAAGGGAUCUCUUCAAGACUGAGGAACCAGCCACAGAAGAGGAAGAAGAAUCUGCUGGUGAUGGGGAACGAACCUUGGAUGGAGAGUUAGACCUGCUAGAACAGGAUCCUCUGGUGCCACCUCCACCCUCACAGGCACCUCUCUCAACUGACCGGGUAGCCUUUCCAAAGGGCCUGCCCUGGGCCCCAAAGGUUAGACAGAAGGACAUUGAACACUUCUUGGAGAUGAGCAGAAACAAGUUCAUUGGAUUCACUCUGGGACAAGACACGGAUACCUUGGUUGGAUUACCUCGACCCAUCCAUGAGAGCGUGAAGACUCUAAAGCAGCACAAAUAUAUCUCCAUUGCAGAUAUACAGAUAAAGAAUGAAGAGGAGCUGGAGAAAUGUCCCAUGUCUCUGGGAGAAGAGGUGGUACCAGAAACACCGAGUGAAGUCCUCUACCAGGGCAUGCUGUACAGUCUCCCCCAGUACAUGAUUGCUCUGCUUAAGAUUCUGCUGGCUGCAGCCCCCACCUCCAAGGCUAAGACAGACUCUAUCAAUAUCCUGGCAGAUGUCCUGCCUGAAGAGAUGCCCGUAACUGUUCUCCAGAGCAUGAAGCUAGGCAUUGAUGUGAACAGACACAAGGAGAUCAUUGUAAAGAGCAUUUCUGCCCUGCUCCUUCUGCUCCUCAAACACUUCAAACUCAACCAUAUCUACCAGUUUGAGUAUGUAUCACAACAUUUAGUGUUUGCCAACUGCAUCCCCUUGAUCCUGAAGUUCUUCAAUCAAAACAUCCUGUCCUAUAUCACUGCCAAAAACAGCAUUUCAGUGCUGGAUUACCCGUGCUGUACCAUCCAGGAUUUGCCAGAGCUUACUACUGAGAGUCUGGAAGCUGGAGACAACAGCCAGUUCUGCUGGAGGAACCUCUUUUCCUGCAUCAACCUCCUGAGGCUGCUCAAUAAGCUGACCAAAUGGAAGCAUUCCAGGACCAUGAUGUUGGUGGUGUUUAAGUCAGCUCCAAUCUUAAAGCGAGCUCUCAAGGUCAAACAGGCCAUGCUACAACUUUAUGUCCUGAAGCUUCUAAAGAUACAGACCAAGUACCUUGGGCGCCAAUGGAGAAAAAGCAACAUGAAGACCAUGUCAGCCAUUUACCAGAAAGUGCGCCAUCGCAUGAAUGAUGACUGGGCUUAUGGGAACGACAUCGAUGCUAGGCCAUGGGACUUCCAAGCAGAAGAAUGCACCCUGAGGGCCAACAUCGAGGCUUUUAACAGCCGCCGAUAUGAUAAACCUCAGGACUCAGAAUUCUCACCUGUGGAUAACUGCUUGCAGAGCGUGCUGGGGCAGAGGCUGGAUCUGCCUGAAGAUUUCCAUUAUUCCUAUGAGCUCUGGCUGGAGAGAGAGGUGUUCUCACAGCCCAUCUGCUGGGAGGAGCUGCUCCAGAACCACUGAGCUCUUCCAAGCAUCCGAUGGAGGUUGGCUCUAGUAACGUUCUUUGCCUGUCCUGCCCACUCAGCCUUCAUACCGUGUGUCAGGGCGGUUCGGUUCCAGCCCAGCAUCCAGCAGAGACACCCAGCAUAAUUCAGGGCUAUUCUGGAUGCCAUUGGGCUUGAAGGUGGUUGCAAGACUGUGAUCCUGAGUCAAAGCAAAUGGAUCAACUUGCCCUAGGCUCAGCUGGGUACCUAGUUGGCCUUCAGAUCUCCUGAUGGAUCAGUCCUGGACAGACUCUUUGAGACCUGCUUUAAUCUUGCCUAGAGCCAGGCUAGCUAGCCUUUUUGUUACUGUGGCUAGCCUUUGUCAGCUACAGUAGUGAAAGGAAGUUUGUUAUGGCAUUUGACCCAUGACAUUCAUCUCAAGCAGGGGGAUAGAUACACACCAUAAAAUGAGCCUCUUCUUCUCACCCACUCAAAAUGCCUGGGAUGUAUCAUUUGGCAAAACCAACUUUCUACUGUCUUUCACAUUUAGAAUGUUGAUGCUCACCUCUUUAUAAGUAAUCAUUGGUUCUAAGAUGACUUGAGAGCACUGCAUCUGUAUGUGGAUGGCUGUUCCCAGAACACUGCAUGCUCCAGAACAGUGUGCGUCGUGUAGGGUUUUUUCCUUAAGAGAUCUGUGUUCAAUGUAAAAAAGAUUUCAUGUGUAUUCUGUGUAGUACAUUGAAUGCUUUGUCAUUUGAAAAGAGCCACAAGUAAUAUAACAUGGCCUUCUCCAAGAUAUCUUAGGUUUCUCACAAAGUAUUUCAGGUUUUUUGCUGUGAAUGCAAGCUUUAUUAUUCAUGUACCAUCUAUAGACAUGAAACCCAACAGCCCCCUGCCCUAAGAAGGAAGUUAAAACCAUUAACGAAAAGAGCCUAUGCCAGGGAGUCAGAAGUUCUGUGACAUGCUAUCUCUCUUUGGUACCCAGAAGAGAGUGUGAGGCCCUUCAAGGCCUCUGAAGCUUCAGGGAGUCCAGGGUCAUUUUGAGAGGACUCCUUCGGGUUCUGCCUGGUGGUCCCUCUUGAUGUACAGUGGUGACACCAUGUUUUUCAAUUCUUGCAGGCCUUAGACAACCGCUUGAACUUCCUCUCAUGCCUUUUCCUGAAGAACCAAAUCCUGAUGUCUCCUUUUGUCAGUUUGAGUGAGCCAGCCAAGGCCUCUAGAGUCUCCUCCUUAGGGUGGCAGUCUUUCUCCAAGUGCUUAUUUAGCUCCAGGAACUGCUCAUAGGUGAACUGAGAAUAUUCAUCCCAGUAGGACAAACGUGGAGUUGUCUCCAUCUCCGUUACUUUGGCUGCAGCUCACCUGAGUUCUGUUCUGUUCUACUCUAGGAUUUUUCACUAUUUCAGUGUUUAAACAGCUGAGUACACUGCGGAAAAUUACUGUCUAAUAUAACCCCAAAUCUCACCUGAGCGAGCAUAGAGUGAGACAGGAUCUGGCUAUGUAGCCCUGGCUAGGCCAGACCUUACUGUGUAGCCAGGCUGGCCUUGUACUUGUAGUAGCCCUCCUUCCCUUGCUUGCUGAGUGUCAUAGGCAUGGGCCACCACCUCCAACAAAUUCAUUUUAAAUGAUUAUAGAAGGUUUUAUUUACUGA